CCCUAGCGAUGGGAAUUUGAAAAAAAAAUGCUGAUUUAUUGUGGUAAUUGAAAGUGAAAUCUUAUGAUGAAAAUUGAAAACAUUAAAAAAUAUGUUAAUUUUAUCUAUGACUCAUUGUUUUGAAUGAUAUCACGUCGAUAUUCAACAAUAUUCCCGUAUUUUUCUCCAUUUCUACAAAAUAUCAACGUGUGUUACGUCAGGUUGAAGUGAAAUAAUCUCUGCGUUUACUUCGAAAUUUCAUUUAAAAAAAUGUCUGUAAUUUAAAUGAAUUCUUAAAAUCGUGUUUGUAAAUAAUCUUCGUGCGUUCAAUAUUGUUUCAUCUGUUAAAUUCCACUUUAAUCGCCGAGCCGAGUAAGUUGAGUAUUUAACGUAUAUAUAUUAUUAAACUGGUGUGUAGAAUAAUGGCGGAAAAUAUGGCGAGUACGGUGAGCGACGAAGAAGAAGAUAUCGAUAUGAAAAUUAAGUACCCAGAAUUGCAAGGUUACUUGAAUAAAUGGACUAAUUAUAUUCACGGCUGGCAAAAAAGGUGGAUUGUUUUGAAGAACGGAGCCCUAUCUUACUAUAAAACUCAAAACGAAGCGGAAUGUGGAUGUAGGGGUGCUAUUAGCUUAUUAAAAGCUUAUAUAAAGGCUCAUGAAUUCGAUCCGUGCAGAUUUGACGUAGCAGUAAAUGAUUGCGCUUGGUAUUUACGUGCUGAUACGCCCGAAGAAAAAGAACAGUGGUUACAGGCUUUGACUGCUUCAAAGCAAAGAGCUGAUUCCGGAUACAACAGCGAGAAUAAUUUGAUAAGACAUGGAAGUACUGCGUCAUUACAGUCGAAUACGCUUUCCACCGGUUCCUCAAAUUCGUCUUUAACGUUUCAAAAGUCGUCUGAAUUGAAAUCCAAAUUAACCGAAAUAGAUACGCUUAAAGAUUCGUUGUGCAGGCAAGUUGAUAACUUGCAGCAACAUUUCGAGAAACGAUUCGUUCCUUCAAAUGAUGGUAAAGACAAAGAAUUAGUCGAUUUCAAAGUAGAUGUGAUGACAUGUAAAGCUACGGUUCACAAUAUUAGCGAAGUACUACACAAUUGCAUCAACCUGAUUAGUUUGCAAGAAGAUUCGUUCGUUAAAUGCAUUGAACAAGAAACCGAAAAACGACAACAGAUGGAGGAAAUGCACAGGAAUCACGUUACUAGUAAAAAUCCAGCUCCGGUCGCCGAAAGUGAGAUUCGAGCUGCUCACGAAGAUGAAUUUUAUGACGCUGUCGAACCGAGUUUAGAAUCUAGUGAUAACAAAAUGUCAACGAAACCGGAUGAAAAUGAGAAUGAUACCUUGGUCCAGAUCAACCGUUUGGAACAUCGUCUUUCGGCCGAGAUUGAUAAAAUUACCACGCAACAAGUUCAAUAUGCCCGAAUGGGUAUCGGUCGCGAUGCUUGGCAGUUAUUCGCCGAAGAAGGAGAAAUGAAAAUGUACCGAAGAGAAGAAGAAGUCAACGGUCUAGUUAUCGAUCCUCUGAAAGCAUGUCAUUUUGUCAACGGAUUUACCGCUUAUGAAAUUUGUAAUUAUUUUUUCAAACCAGAAUUUCGUUACGAAUGGGAAACUACUUUGGAAGCGAACGGCAUGGAAGUAUUAGAAAUGUUAUCGGAUGAUACGCUUAUUUUUCAUCAAAUACAUAAACGAGUCUGGCCCACAACUCAAAGAGACGCUGUGUUUUGGUCACAUAUGCGUCAAGUACCAAAAGACGAACAAGAUGAUCAAUCCGUAUAUGAUUCUUGGGUAGUCGUUAAUCAUUCCACAGAUGUUAAAUCUCAUCCUCCCAAUUCUGGCAAAUUCGUCCGAAUUUUUAUGACGGUAUGUUUAAUGUGCCAGACCAUUAUCUUAAAUCCAUCCAAAGACGUUUCGCAACUGAAUAGAAACGAAAUAGCUUGUAAAAUUACGUACUGUUCUGUUGUGAAUCCUGGUGGAUGGGUUCCUUCUUCAGGGUUACGUAUGGUUUAUAAACGCGAAUAUCCUCGAUUUUUGAGAAAAUUUACCGCCUAUGUUACUGAUAAAACUAAAGGCAAACCGAUAUCAUUUUGAUUGUCAACCUGUUCACACGUCAAAUUAUUUCUUACUCUUGUAAUAUGAUUUUUUACAAGCGAAGAAAUUCAUAUCAAAUACUUAAUCCUAUUCGUUUUGUGUGUUCUUAAAAAUUAUAUAAUCAAGAGGGUAAUAUUUUUUUUACAUUUGCGUAGUACUUUUUUAAGUUGUAUUUUCAUCGAAAACGAAUCUUCGUUGAAAUAUUAUUCUAUUACGCAUUGCGUUCGAUUUCACAAUACACCUGGAAAUUACGGAUAUGUACGUAUUUAUAAUAUUUUUUUUUCUUGGUCAACGAUACGGUUUUUUUUUCAUGUACAAUCUUACGCAAUGUUCAAUGGUUACUUAUUUUUAAAAUUUUUAUUCAUCUUUUAAUUUGUUAAUUUUCGUUUUUUAUAAAUAAAUAUUGAAUUGUUUUGGUCA